UUGCAUUUGCCAUGCCCAUGGAUAGAACAACAGAAUUCUUCUCACUUAUUGAAAAAGCCUCGAAUCGAAAAUAAUCUGGCCAGUAAGCAGAAGUUCUAUGAAGAGAUCUAUUCAACUAUCCAGGAUAUUUACUCUAGGGCGGCCAGGUCCACUUCCUACAAGACAUUGCUUGUGCUUGACAAAGAACUCAAUGAGCUAGUUCUGAAGAACACAACGCUUUUUGAUAGCCUGAAAAUUACAGGAACAGAGGAUUUGCAAAUGCAUUUUGAUGGGAUAAAGCUGAUUAUUAGCAAAAAAAUUGCAGAAACCUCAAAGUAUUUGGCCUCAAGAAAGGCUAACUCUGCAAGCUUGGAGAUUGAGCUAGAGCCACAAAGGCCCGUAUCAUUCAAGAAGGUGGUCGAAAACCAGAUUUUAGAGCAGGAAAGCAGAAGCAUUGUCGAAGCUAUGCAAUAUGAGGCAACCCGGCAGAGACUGCUGAAGAUAGAGGCUGUUCAAAAGGCCAUUCAUGAGAACUUGAUGCUUCAGGACGAACGAAUAGAUAGUAUCUGCACUUGUCAGAGCUCCACUGAUGAGCUGUACAGCAAACUAAAUAGUGAAAUAUCAAUAGCCAAUGGCAGCUUCUUCAAAAGAGCAGCGUUCACAAUUAUUCUUUGCCUAACUUUUGUACUGAUAUUUGUGCACAUCUUUUAUCGAUGCACGACACCACAGUUGGUAUAA